CGUUUCACGGGGCUGCUCACAGACGUGCAUGGCACAAGGAAUUUAAAUACUCUCAGGGCAAGGUACGUUUUUAUCUCAGACUACAUGAUCCGACAUCCGUUAGGAGUGGGCGCAUUGUAUCAUUGAGGAUCAUUGAGCAAGGAUAUCGGAGACGUAUAGCUGUUGGGUGGAAGAAUAGGAAAUUGGGAAUUUGGGAAAGUGGGGAACGUGUGUAGGGGACCUAGAGCACCUAGAGGACGGUAGAGGAUUUGAUUUAAGUGAUCUGAAUCGUCUGAGUGUAGUGCGGUUUUCUUCUUUUUGUGCGUCAUGCUGAGUAAUUGAUAAGUCAGUGUGUAAUUGACAGCAAGCCAAAUGGCAGCCGCGAUCAUAAAAGUUUCUGAAUGAGAAUGGGCCAGAACUCCAGUGUUCCUACUGGAGUCCAAAGUGGAAGGAGAAAAUCAUUACGGGAAUCAUGGAGGUCACCGUUCCUACGGAGAUCACGAAUACAUCAAAGCUCCUUAAGUGCUACUUUCAAUUUUAUUGAUGUUGAUAUGAAGGUGGAUCAGCUGAAUGUUAACACGGCCAGUGAAGAAGAGUUAAUGACACUUGCAGGAAUUACUCGAAACAUUGCGCAGAAUAUUGUCGAGUACCGUCAAGCUAUAGGAAGAUUUAAAAAAGUUGAGGAUCUGGCACUUGUGUCGGGCAUUGGUGCUGAUAAACUAGAUCUGAUUAGACCAGAGAUAUGCGUCAGCCGCCGUAAAAAUGCCAGCUGUGCCUCUUCAAGAGCUCAGUCAUUAGACAGCUUACCAAGCACUGAAUCAAACAGCUGUAGCCGCCUCUUCCUGAAGGGCUCUCCACAUUCACAAAGUAGAGUACUCAAUGUAAAUACAGCAAGUGUCUUUGAGCUAAUGACAGUGCAUGGCUUGACCCAGGAAUUGGCAGCAAAUGUGGUGCUCUACCGUGAAAAAAAGGGUCCAUUCCACACAAUAGAAGAUUUGAUCAAGGUAAAAGGGAUCAGCCAGUGGCGUCUGGGAGCUUUACGCCCACAUUUAUUGGCAGGAAAUGCUCCUGGUGUUACUCCAGCUGUUGGCUUAAGUAAUGGUGCUGUGGGGUGUACAGUGUCUCAAAAUUCAUCUCAGCUUAUUAUGAAUGUUCCAGAAGCUAGGAAAGUACCAUCAGCAACACUGAAAAAUGUAUCAACUAAUGGAUACUUACCAGAAAAAGAUAUUUUUGAACUCUUAUCAGCAUACUCACAACGUCCUGUUUUAGAGGAUGAUUUUCAUGGAGAACGUAAUGGAAAGCCAGUUGUACGUAUUGCCACAUGGAAUCUACAGGACUUUACAGUAGAGAAAGUACAAAACCCAGGUGUUAUGGAAGUUAUAUGUCGAACAAUUCUUGAAAAUAGGUUUUCUGUGAUUGCUGUCCAAGAAAUUGUAGAUGCUGCCUCUCUAAAACAGAUCUGUGAUGAAUUAAAUUGUCCAACGUUACGCCGGGUGAUAGACUGGAAGGAGAAUGAGAGAGAAUGGCAGUAUGCAUUGCCGCAAGUUUCCGACGCAGAGUACAAGGGUUAUCCUGGUCUUGGCUUUUUGUAUGACUCCAGUUGUAAAGUGGAACUAACAGCAAUGAAGCAGCUUUGUGUCACAGGACCACUGCCUAAUUCUGCACCUAAAGUUGAAGCAGUUCUUGCAGCAUUUGAGGUUGAAGAUUUAAGAAUAUCAUUGUUAAAUAUGCAAAUACAGAAAAGUGAUAUUUAUAACAUAGAGGAUAUUUUGCAAGGCCAUGUGAAGCAGACAGAUAUGCUCAUCAUUCUUGGUGACUUCACUGGGCUAUCACAAAACAAAGGAGAAAAUGAAAUAGCUAGGUCACAGUAUAAGAGUGUCAUUCCAACCUCUUUGAACUCUUAUGGCUGUAGCAGUGACCCCCAGGCAUGCCAUUACUCAGAUAACAUAUUUCUCAACUCAGAAACCCAGCUGCAGUUCACAGGAGUGAGUGGCGUGGUUCGACAGGGUUUGAAUCACCUUGCUAUUCCUCAAGGCUGGAUGUGGGGAGGUUCAGCAAGUGAGCACUGCCCAGUGUGGUGUGAAGUGUACACAGAACCAGUUCUUGCAGAGAAAGUACUUCCGAAUGGAACACAUCAUCCAGAGUGACACCAUUAUGUGGUAUGGUGUUCAUUUGUUCUAGUGCAUUGUCUCCAGCUUCAAGUCCAACAGGAAUGUGAUAACAUACCAUGGUCAGCAUGCUGAAUGAUUUUAUUGAAAUUAUCAAUUUCAGCAAGAAAAAUUAAUGUUGGGAUUUCUUUUUUGAAGCUGUACAAAACAUUUUUAUUGUAUGUGGCAUGUACUUGAAAUUGUUAUUUAUGUUAUGAGAAACUAAGUGAAGUUAACAUACUAUGGAAACACUUUGCUAGUAAUAUUGUACUGACGAUUUUCCUAUGAAGUUGUUAUAUAAAUGAAAGUUAAUGAAGGCAGACUUAUUUAUUUUUUUAAAGAUGUUUUAAUACUUCCAAUAAUGACUUUUAUCGAGUACUGGUAUACAAGUAGCUGUUGCUCAGUAUUUGAGCUGUUAUUGGAUGUUUUACUGAAAAGAAAAUUUGAAUGAAUAGGAAUGAGUGGGAAGGAAUUUCCCAAUCUGUGGUCUAUCUAUUGCUUUAAAUUUUGUACUUAGUGCACUAGAACAAUGAGGAUUGAUAUAAAUAUAGUUUGGUUUAUAAUUAUAAAGGAAAUUGUUAGAAACUAUUACUUUGUAAAACUUGGAGAAAGAUGCAGAAUCCUCGGUUUUUCUUAUGUUUACUCAUGAAACAUGUAUAUAAUUGUAAGAGGAGUCACAAAACUGAAUUACCACACAUAUCAGUAAUGACAGGUUGGUCUUUUAUUGUAAAUAGUAGGUUUUGCUAAUUGUAAUCUUUGUGUCAUGCUGGUAGUAUAUUUGUAUAAAAUGGGAAACAUAAUCCCAUUCCUUUUGAUAACUAUUCCUUUCAGAUUUGUUAUAUGCUCAUAUACACAACCAUUCAUACAGGAGAUUUUCCAUCCCUUUUGUAUUUUAUAUGUUAAAAUAAAGUUUAUAGCAUUAA